UGGAGCCAGCCAGGCCCGCUCGGCUCUGCUCGGCGGCCACUGGCUCCGGCUUCACAUGGCUCUCAUGUUGCGGCGCUCGACGGUUCCCCCUGCUGGCCGCGCAGCCCCGGCCUCCCGCUCACUUUCCCCCGGCUCAAGGUCGCUGUUUUCUCUCUCUGGCUAGUGGGUCAACUUAGGACAGCGGCGCCGUGCAACAGCAACCCGGCCUGAGGGAGGGAGACCGAGCCGCCUUGCCAUCGCCGCUCUGCAAGAGUGACUCUACAUAGUUACGUCUACACAACUCGGUGAAAGGAUGUUCUGCUUCAAGGGUGGCAAACUCUAAUGCAGUUGUCUCAUUUAAUCACCCAUGCCCAGGUGGUGUGAUGAAUUCCAGCAACACAAUGACCACUGACCCGUAAUGCCAUCAAUAUGUCAGGUUAUAUUCCAAGUUAUCUGGACAAAGAUGAGCUUUGUGUUGUGUGUGCUGACAAGGCCACAGGAUAUCAUUAUCGUUGCAUCACCUGUGAAGGGUGUAAGGGCUUUUUCAGGAGAACUAUACAGAAAAACCUUCAUCCAACCUACAGUUGUAAACAUGAAGAAAAAUGUAUCAUCGAUAAAGUUACAAGGAAUCAAUGUCAAGAAUGCCGGUUCAAAAAGUGCAUUGCUGUUGGCAUGGCAACUGACUUGGUAUUGGAUGAUGGCAAACGGCUAGCAAAACGUAAACUAAUAGAAGAGAACCGAGAGAAGAGGCGUCGAGAGGAGGUGACAAAAACACUUGUUGAUAAACCUGAGCCAACAGAAGAGGAAUGGGAACUUAUACGAUCAGUGACAGAGGCUCACAUCGCCACCAAUGCACAAGGAGACCAUUGGAAACAGAAACGGAAAUUUCUGCCUGAGGAAAUUGGGCAGACACCAAUAGAGAAUGCACCCGAAGGGAGCAAGGUGGACCUGGAGGCCUUCAGUGAGUUUACAAGAAUUAUCACGCCCGCAAUUACAAGGGUGGUUGAUUUUGCCAAAAAAUUACCAAUAUUCUGUGAGCUGCCAUGUGAAGACCAGAUAAUCCUUCUGAAAGGCUGUUGUAUGGAAAUCAUGUCCCUCAGGGCAGCAGUCCGUUAUGACUCUGAGAGUGAGACUUUAACUUUGAAUGGUGAGAUAGCUGUAAAAAGAGAACAGUUAAAAAACGGAGGCCUUGGGGUUGUAUCUGAUGCAAUCUUUGAUCUGGGAAUAUCAUUGUCUACGUUCAACUUGGACGACAGUGAGGUGGCUCUACUCCAAGCUGUGCUUUUGAUGUCUUCAGAUCGACCUGGCCUUACAAGCAUAGACAAGAUAGAGAAAAUCCAGGAGUCCUUCCUCCUUGCUUUUGAACAUUACAUUAAUUAUCGUAAACACAAUAUUGCCCACUUUUGGCCAAAACUACUGAUGAAGGUGACAGACCUGCGAAUGAUUGGAGCCUGCCAUGCAAGUCGCUUUCUUCAUAUGAAAGUGGAAUGUCCAACAGAACUUUUUCCACCAUUAUUCCUGGAGGUCUUUGAAGAUUAGGAAAUUAAUUUUGAACAGCUGCACUACCUGUCUGUCACUAUCUGUAAACUGCAUUAACACUACUGAGCGACGUUUAAUUACACUUCGCAGAAUACCUUUUUCCAGAAAUGUUGGGAAACAUUCCAUUUAUGCGGGUACUAGUGAUUUUGUGAACGUAGCUUUUUUGUACACAUUUUCACUUAUCAUGUGGACUGAUGUUGUUCAUGUUUGUUUUCAGAUGAGACAAUAUGGUAGUAUAUUGUUUUGUGGUAAGGGAUUCCAAACUCCAGUAUCGUAUCAGUUUUCCCCUGCAUGGAUCUUUGUGGAAUUUGAUAUGACUAAAUGCACGGCAGCUAGAGUAUAGUUGCAGAUAAGUCACUGUUGCCUAAAGCUUAACUGAUUCAAUAUCCUUAGGGAAAUUUCAGACUAACUCUGAAGUGAAAAGUUAAGUCAUGUUCUUUAACUGGAACCAAAAUUCUAAUAUUAAGAAGCUGACUGCUAGAGUCUCUCUCCUCCACCAACAUCUCUCUCCUCCAUAACACUCUCAUUAUUUAUUUACUGUUUGUGCAAGUACCCAAGGCCGCUAAUUAAGGGAAAUACAGAUGUUGAAGUAUGCUGUGUAGAUUGAACAAACAUGAAUAAACUAGCAUUCUACAACAUUUUGUCCACAUAAGAAUAAAGGUUUGAACAACAUACUAACGUAUUAUCCAACAGCAUUCUCAACCAGGUUGCCAAUUCUAGCAGCACGUCUCGUACAGGUUGUUCCACAACAGUUCCAAUCAGACAAAUUGAAGAGACAGACAGAUUUUAAGCAGAAACAUUCACGUUUUGGCUAUAAGGAUUUAUUUUCAAAGCUCGGAGUUGAGAUAUAUGGGGGAUUGGAUAAGGGCUCACACCUGGCUAUGGCUAUGCUGCAUCUUUCCUGAAAGUAUUUAACAAUGAACAGCAGUAGAAAAACAUCCUUCCCUCAACACCAAAAUCAUUAUUGAGCACAAAAAAAAUGAAAUCAUCAAAUGGCAUGGCCUUAGGUAUUCCGUGAUGUCAAAUGGAAUAGAAUUUGUCUGUAUGCUGCCAACUGAAAGUUGUCUUUCAGGGACUUUUUUUUAUUGGGAAUGUGCCUGUGCAAAAUCCACUUCAUACCAAAUAGAUAAACUGAAGUCAUCCUUUUAUUUAGCUUUUAUCCAUUUCUAAUUAUCAUAAACAAUUUCCCACGGCUUGAGAGAGCUCUUAUGUAUAUGGUGCUAAUCAGUUUGCAAGUGGUGCUUUCAUGCCUCCUGUGAGUGGAGCUAUAAACUCUGCAGCUUUAUCUCUUCAAACUGUGGGAAUAAAUAAUAGUAUCAAAAAUGUCAAAUGUUAAAUGCCUUGAUAUUGAGGUUCUUAUAGUGCCAUGUAUAUAGUUCACGUAUCAGGAAUGCAUACUCUUCAAAUACAGUAGUUCUUGAUCAACAUUACUGACAAGGACAUCGGGAUCAUAAGCCUCGUUGAUUUAGUAUUUUUAUGAGACCAUUUUCCCAUAUUCUGCCAGUGAUAUUUUGCUGAUGGAGUGAAGCUUUCAAUACAACUUUCUUUUAUUAUCUGACAGGAACAUAUCAAUGGAAAAUUGAAGUUUGGUGCUAAACUUUAAAAAAAAACAUAGCCAGACUUACAAAAUGAACGGUUGCUUCUGGCACCAUUGAAUCUAAGCUAUUGUGUUUGUGAUUUUUAUUUUCCAUCCUGAAAUAUCUUCUACCUAAAACAAAUCUUACAGCAAGAAACCUACAAUAAAACUUUAUAUCUAAAUGAGAUGAAGAGGGAGAAGUAAGGGGGAGGAUCCUAAGGGGUAAAAGCAUGAAGGGUAUUAAGUAAUUAAGCAGUACUUUUGAGAAAAAAAAAUCUAAGAUUUAAAAAAGCCUUGCCCUCCUAACAGAGCUUGAUUGGAAUAUUGCAUACACUGUGUCAGUUCAUUGCGGUCACGUUGAAUGCCUUUGUAAAAUAAUAGAUAUCAAAUCCAAAUGCCCAAUAGUCAUGACUUAGCUGAACUAAGGUUAAGAAUAUUGAAUGCACAGACAAUCAGGCUGAAAUAAACCGUGUAGGGAGCUAGAACUCUAAUUUUUAUAUGCAAAGUACAUCAACUAGUAUUGAAUGAUAUAACUAAGGAAAACAAGCCACUUUUAUAGAAUCAUACCAGAUGUUUGCACAGUUAAUGAAAUUUAUGAUAUUUCCUUGAUAUUUUUAAUUAAAAUGACCACUUGAAAAAUAGAAUUUAAAAUGAAGCUAAAGUCACCUUUCCAAUCUUAUUACAAUCAUGUUUAAAUGAUAAAUAUGUAAUUGUUAUGUAAAUAUGGCAGUAUGUUUGUACUGUAAUGUCCAUUGUGUAAAGGAAAAUAGCAUUGACAAAAUGUGGCAAAAGAGCCUGAAGUUUGCACUGUAGGAAAAUGGGUUGUGUUCUGUUUAAGAAGCUGUUAAAUCUCUACAGAAAUAUUCCAUAGAGUGAAUUUUGCUCUACUCUUUAUAUAUAGAUUUAUAAACUAGUAUUUCUCAUUGUAUAUCUAUUAGAGUCUAUGCUGCCUACAGAGAAAUGGUUCAUGUAUGAGCAGGAAUGUUAUGUGGAAAUAUCUUGCAUUAUUUGCUUGUAGGUUUAAUGUAUGCUCUACUGAUCAAUUUGCUUUCUUGUCAUGUGGUCUUUAAAUGGCUUGUAUGUCCAAUUUGAAUGUUUGUGAUUUUAAAAUUGUAACACUUUUCUAAUACUUAAAUGACAAAAAAUGUGCAGAUGAGGUUUUAGUGAAUCAACAUGAUGACUAAAAUUGAACAUCCUUUAUACUAUAGGGAACAGAAGUUGAAUGCAGUAUACUAUAGAAAGGAAAGUGUUUAAUUUACUAUAUAGCACUUGUAUCAAAAUUAUUUACCAACUGUUCAGUUUGGGUUGUUGAAAUUUGGCUUUGGUUACCAGCAUCAGCACUAAAGAGAUACUUGAAAGACCCACAGCUCCAUCUCGGCCCCUGGGAACUACCCAAGGCUGAACUAGACCAUUCAUGACCUUGGUGUGAUGCUUGACCCAAGACUAGUUAAAAAACACAUUUCUGUGCCAUUGCCAUGACAUGCUAUUUGCACCUUAGGAACAUUACUUGCAACAGAAACCCUCAUCUUUCUUACCUUUAAACUCUUUAACAGGUUCAAGCUUCUAUUGGCCAUUAUUUGCAGUAAGUCCAAGUUGCCAUUCACCCCUGUGAACAUUCACCAGUGUUGGUGCAUAGUUACACAAUGCCUGACUAACAAAUUCACAUGUUAAUUUAACAAAUUGCCCACUGGCCUUUCCCACUUCUAUCUGCACUCCUUGAAUUUUGGUCUCUGAAGCAUCACUCCAAACUGGCAGCUGUGCCGUUCUUUGAUAAAAACCUAAGCUCUGGAACUACUCCCCAAAAUAUUUUCAUUUAACUGCUGCUGAGAAAUUCAUUUCAAGGUUUUAGCACUGAAGGUGCGUGUAGUUGUUUAAGCACAUUGAGCUCUGCCUCUCAAAUUCAUUCCAAUGAUAUCGAUACAAUGAAUUUCAGAGGCAGGAUACAAUUCACUGAUGUGACGAUAUGGAGCUUUUUGCACUACAGACCAGGUAUAGGGCCUGUCCCACUGUGGCGACCUAAUUCACGACUUAGGAAGAGUUUUCCUCGACUCAUACUCGCAGCAUGGUCGACACGAGGUCCUAGGAGGUCUUUGUAAGUUUCCUUCAUGCUCGAGAGUAGUCCCCGCGUACUCGAGGCCCCAGCUAGGUAGCAGCGUAUUUUUCAACAUGCUGAAAAAUGCCCGCGAGUAAAAAAAGGUCGCCAUGGAAAAAUCGAUAUUUUUUCACUCGUAGGUUUAGCCAAGGUAGGUUGUAAUGCUAUCGAAGGUAAUCAAAGAUAAAGCUCGUUGAGAAAAAAAAGGUAAGUAAACCGACCGGUAAUGUUAAAUGCCCGCUAAACUUUAUUAAAAGUUGUCUGGCUUCUUAAAAGUGUCCCCACGCCUUCUCUCCCCUUCUCUCCCCCUCUCUCCCCUUCUCUCCUCCCCCUCUCUCCGCGCUCUCUAAACGACUUAUCGAACUGUGCCAGCCGUCUUUUACCUCCCCCGCUUUCCCUGGCCCCCGCCUUUGCGAUGUGUUUGUGUGAGUGUGUGGAGACGGUCGACCCGGCUCGCGGUUUCACCGCUGACGGUCGAUCCAGCUCGAGAUUUUUCAGGCGAGUGCCCUCGAGCUUGAAGGUCGAAGACAGUCGCUGAAAAGUCACGCUAGUGGGACAGGCCCUUAUGAAUUUCUGGGCGUUCGUCUCUUUGAUAAAAUGUGUAAACCAUACAAUUCUCAAGUAUCUGUUCUGAAAUCUCUUCAUAUCAUAGUCAUAGAGUGAUGCAGUGUGGAAACAGACCCUUUGGCCCACCUUGCCCACACUGACCAACAUGUCCCAGCUACACUAGUCCCACCUGCCUGCGUUUGGUCCAUAUCCUUCCAAACCUGUCCUACCUGUCUGUUUCCCAGCAACAAAUAUUUAUAUAGUCCCUAGUGUACCAAGAUACAAAAUACUCCAUUGGCCAUUGAUCUAACAUGGCUGCAGAUAGAUAAUGUCCAGUUUCAUUACCAAAAUGGAAAAAUGUGGUUUAAUAAUGUCGUGAAAAUACUGUUUAAAUUGUUAGAAUUAUUUUUAUCAUCCAAUACAAUACAGAGAUUUUGGAGGAGUUAUGGUAAUUAAUAUAUUUAUCUUUAUUGUAGUCUGCUACUGGAUCUCAAUAGAUUUAUGGUUUUAAAAAGAAAACUUGCUUAUAGUCACUUUCUUGACGUCUCCAAAGACCUUUCCCAAUUAGGCAGAUGCUUGAAUGUUCCUGUCCUUCCUCUCAAGUAAAACAAUAUUUAGUGGGUGAUUAAAUAGUGAUCAUUGGAAUCUACUUUGAAUGCUCAGAUUUUUUCAUCAAAUUCUCUUAUGUUCCAUUACAUUAAAUGAGAACUAUAUAUAAAACUGUAUUUUAUUAUAAAAUAUAACGAACGUGAAUGUUGAUUAAAAAAAAAGGUCCCUGAAUCAAAUUAGAGAGCCCGUAUGCACUGCAGCCAGUGAGCAGGCUGUCCCAUUCCCACACUGUUCAAGGUUUUGGACAAGGAGAUCCAUCUAAUUGACAUCCAAGUUCAAACCUUAGAGCUAUUUAUUUUUCACCCAUUUAUUUCCGAUUUAUUUGUGUACCUCAUUUAAUGGUAUUUUCAGUUUUAAAUUAGUCAGUAUGGUUCUCAGAUGUGAGAUCAGUUAUGAAACUUAAACUAAAAUGUAUCAUUUUUUUAGAAGGAAUUUUUUUUUAAAUCAUCAAUUCAAUGAAACUUAGCAAAUUAUUGCGCACUGCCCUUUGCCCUUCCAAGUGCAGUUCACAAUGUAUUAUUGACAGUAAUGAUUUACUGUUUACAUGUAGCAUUUGUGGUAGCAUGUUGUCUUGUCUCAAUGUUAGUUCACUCUCAAUAAGACUUUAAGAUGGAUUACCAGUUAGAAAUGAGAUGAGAAAUAUUUGGGUAAAGAGAAGAAAUAACUUGCACUACAUUCUCCACUGGGUGUGGAGACAGGAAAUUAUAACCCUCUUAGCCAGCUGAUGACUAAUACUAGGAAGCAUGCAAAAUAGUCAGUGAACCCUUGAGUAUGCCAAUGGGUCCCAAUAUUCUGCAAAAAUUGGUCAGCAGAGAAGCUUGACAGAGUAUGCCUGGCUUUAUCGUAGCCUCAAAGGCAGUCCCUCAGGGCUUAAUGGAGGCUGCCAAGAAUAGUUAAGUGUGGGUUUUCAAUGGAGCCAAAAGCUAUUUUCAAUAAACAAUAGCUAUUUUCCUUGUAAGUCAGCAAACUGCUUCACACAGUAUAACUGCUCUCAAAAGCCCUCUGAUAUUAUAUAAAUGAGAAAAGCAACCUGAUUUGAAAUGAGGCCCUGAACUUAAAACAUUCCAGAUCCAAGUCAGGUCAGGAGAUGAUACAAAGUAAAGUUUUCCCCAGACAUUUUGUGUCUUGGUUGCAAAGAGGGAAAGUUACUGUUGCUCAAAACCCGGUUAUGGCUCUUAUCAGAGGGUUAUGGAAACUAAAAAGUUGAAAGUAAUAAAAUGUAAUUCAGAUUUUAAAUUAGAAUUGGAUUUUAACUGUUGUAUUUGAAUAUAACUAUGACAUGUAUGCCAUUUACUUUACUUGGAAUGUAGUUAAAAUACAUAAUUUUCCAACCAUUACUGAAUUCUAAAGUCCUAUAAAAGAUUAAUCUUGACAUUACAGGAAAUGAAAAUGGUCGGAUUUAGAGGUAAACAGACUUGUACUUGUUUACUUUAUUUAGUAAUCUUCAUUUAGUAUAAGUUAUCCAUUGCUUUUCUUCGUUAUCAACUUCCUUUGAGAUUUUCUGAGGGUUCUGUUUCCCGUUAAAGCACUAUUUAUUAACUAAAACUAAAACAGAAUUGAAUAAUUUAAUCCCUGGUUUGGACUAGAAACAUUAAACAUUUAUUGACAUUUUGUGCAUUAAUUUCCCCUUUUCAAAUGUUGCUUCUUUUAAACUCCAGUUAUUCAGCAGGUCCAGCAGCAACUGUGGAGGGAAUGGACAGAUGACAUUUUGGUCCCGACCCUUCUUCACACUGAUUAGGGGGAGGGGGAGAAUGCUGGAAAAGAGAGAUGGGAGUGGUACUAAGUCUGGCAAAUAACAGGUGGAAACAGGUGAUGGGAGGGAAGGUUAGCAAAUGGGUGACAAAGGCUAAAGGUCAAAAAGAGACAAAAGAGAGUCAGAUAAUUAUAGAAGAUGAGUGAAAUGUAAAGGUAGAGGGAGGGGUAUGGGUGAACGGGACAGGGACAUGGAUGAGAGAUGAAGGAGGGGAAAAUAACUUGAUGACUGGGAGGGUGGGAGGUGGAAGAAUGUGCACUCACUGGGGAGGGGAGGGCAUUGGAAAGAUAGAGGGGUAUUACUUGAAAUUGGAGAAUGCAAUGUUCUUACCAUUGGAUUAUCCAACACACUUUUGACCUUUCCACCUCUAGCCUGUCACCUAAUCAACCCAUUUGCCAAACAACCCCCUCCCCCCUUCAGUAUCCACCUAUCAUUUGCCAAUCUUUGUUCUGCCACCCUCCCCCCCACCCCUUACUUUUCUUCCCCCUACUACAAUGUCUAAAGAAGGGUCCCAACUUCCUUCCCACCACAGAUGUUGCCCGGCUCAAUGAGUUCUUCUAGUUCUUCCAGCACCUGCAGUUUCAUGUAAUUCCAGUUCUUAAUUUGUUAUGCAUAGGAGAGCCUUUCUUCUCCAGUAAAAUGUAAAUAUUCCCAUUAUUCCUAUAUGGGAGUUGACAAUAUAUAUGACAACAGAAUGUUUCAAUAUCUUUGCCAUCAUUGUGAAGCUCAAUGGUGCUACAUAAUUUCCUUGUUCAAAUUGUGCAUAUCUAACAGGAUAUUGAGGGAUUGCACCAUCCUUUGAUUUUCUGACCUAGUGACCCUCUAUCACACCACUCAGAAGAUUUAGCAUACAAAUGAGUUUACUACAGGGAGAACUGCACCUAAAACCAGCAAUGUUUAGCAUACCUGUAACCUCCAGUAUUUCACCCAUGUAAGUUCAACUGAACUUUUAUAAUCAUAUGCUGGCUUUUUUUUUUAUUAAUCCAGGUUUUUUGUAAAAGAAUAUCACUCAACCUUUGUUUCACAUUGCUGAAAUGUUAAAGGUGUUUUUUUAAACAUGCAUUUUACUACAAGUUGAAUCCUGUUUAUGUGUGACUGAACUUCAAAUUCUUUGAGAUUGUGACUAGAGAGAGGAGUAGAUAAGAGGGGACCGUGUGGAUGAGGUGUAUUUAGAUUUUCAGAAAGCCUUUGAUAAGAUCCCACAGAGGAAUUUGGCCAACAAGGAAUGGGAAUAAUAUACAGGCAUGAAUUAAGAAUUAGUUAACAGCCAGAAAGAAUGAAUGGUAAUGUUCAGAUCUUUCUCAGGUUAGCAAGCUGUGACUAGUGGGUACUACAGGGUUGGCACUUGACUAUCCACAUCAGUGAUUUGACUGAGUGAAACCAAAUGCUACAUUGCGAUGGUAAGGUGGGAAUAUUAGCAGCAAUGUGCGAAUCAGAUGAAAUAUAAUGUACAAAACAGAGACCAUCCACUCGUUGGACAAAACAGAAAAGUUAUGGUUUUUUUUUAAAUGGCAGAUUGAGAAAUGGGACUUGAAUAUCCUUGUGCACAAAUCACAGAGCUAAUAUGAAAUGUAGCAGGCAGUUAUUAAGACAAAUGGACGUUAUUGCAGGAAGAUUUGAGUAUCUUACUGCAAUUAUAAAAAGGCAUUAAGACUAUCAGAAGUAUUGUGUGCAGUUUUGGGCACCAUACCUAAAAAAGAAUGCACUUUCACCGAUGAAGUACUGUGAAGAUUCACCAAACUGGUUUCAGGGAUGGUGGGGCGGCCAUAGAUUGAAUAGACUAGACCUCCCUUUUCUGGAGUUUAGGAAAGUAAAUUUCUUCUCAUUGACAGAAUUCUUACAGGGCUAAAGUGAAGAGAUGCAGUGACAAUGCUUCACCUGACUGAGGGGUCUAGAACCAGUGGUCACAGUCUCAGAAUAAGGGCAGACCACUUGAAAGAAGGAGAAAAUCCCUUUCAAAGAGUGGAGUCUUUGGAAGUUAUUUUUACCCCACAGGACUGGAAACUCAGUCUUAGUGUUAAUUCCAAACAGAGAUCUAUAAAUGUGUGGGUAUCAUGUGACGAGAUAGUGCAGGAAAGUUGUGUUUAGCCAGGAUCUUGAUGAAUGGUGGACUGGUUCAAGGAGCUGAAUGCUCCUAAUUUGUACACUCUUAUGACCUUACUGACCGUAUAUCAAGCAUAAAAUUUAAUGUCCCCAGUGAAAAUAAAUCUAACAAUGUGCAGAGGUAGUUGGUUGUUAUUAUAACCAUAGCCCAGCAAAAUAAGCUGUCUUUGAUCCUUUGAACAGGGAUUAGAAAAUGCUUCUUACAAAUCCGCAAAUGGUAUAGAUAAAUGGUACCAAUGGUAGGUAGACAGAUGGUACAUGUGAUAGAUGCAAAAUCAAGUUUUUAACCAAAAUUACUUUGGUAAUUAAAAUGGAGGAUUCUGGAAAUACCAUGUCCGACAGCAUUAUGGAGAUAGAAAGAGGGUUAUCAUUUCAUGUUGAUGUCCUUUCAUCAGAACUGUUUUUAUUGCCUUUCAUUAGCUGCUUCUCUAUCAAUGCUGUCUGACCUGCUGAGUAUUUCAAAUAUGUUUGUUUAAGUUCAGAUUUAAAGCAUCUUCGUUUGGAUAUUUAAGUCUGUGAUGUUUGUUUAUCUUCGAGUAUGCUGUUGAUCCUUUUAUUUGGUUCCUCUGGAACUGUUAAAUAAAUCUUAAUGACAUUAAUUUUUUCAUCAGCUGUUGAACGUGCAGGAACCAAACCCCUGCAUUCAUGAGUCUGUGAUCAACAGAAAUCUUGCAUGAAUAGACUGACUAACAUUUGCUGAUAUUCAGGAAAAAUUGUUAGAAUCCAAAUAAAAUUAUACUUAUUUACCGCUUGAAAACUCUGGAAUUAACAGCCCCCCAACUGCUUUAAAAAAUGCAGUAAAACUGGUGCAAUUGUGAUUUUCUGUAAUUUUGCUAUUAAAUGGCACAUUAAUGCUUGUAGCUGGUAAUCCUUUAUGUAAAUGCUGAUGAACUAAAGGUUUUUUUUCAUAAAUGUAAAUGCACAAACCCCCAAAAAUUAAAUGUCAAUAACUAAGCUGGGCUGACAAUUGCUGAAUCGCUCUUUAUGAAUGAUAGGGAUUUAUAUUUGCACACUGUGAAGGAAGAGGGAUACAAUGCAGUUUCAUACUGUAAAAUAUUGUUGGGAUAGUUGCUGUUGACAAUCAUUUCAUGUAAUGAGUAUCAAAUAUGUUUUAGUAAUGGUGCAGAACAAUAUUUUAUGUAAUUGCGAUGCUGUAUUUUAGUAUAGAUAUUUUAUGUAAUAAAAUAAACCUAGGGGAAAAAAAUCCUUGUUUGCAAAAUAAAUUUUCCUCUCAAUCUU